AAGUUGACGUCAUUAUAUAACUGCGCAGCAUUGGACCGGAAGGAAGUGGGUGUUAGCUGACUGACGUUAGCGAGCUACAUUUACGAAGUCUGCUGCGGCUUCUAUGGAAGAGAUGUCAGGAGAGAGUGUGGUGAGCUCGGCAGUGCCGGCAGCUACAACCCGUACUACAUCCUUCAAGGGCUCCAGUCCCAGCUCUAAAUAUGUGAAGUUAAAUGUGGGUGGAGCUCUGUACUACACUACAAUGCAGACACUAACCAAACAGGAUACAAUGCUCAAGGCCAUGUUCAGUGGCAGGAUGGAGGUCCUCACAGACAGUGAAGGUUGGAUCUUGAUUGAUCGCUGUGGGAAACAUUUUGGAACAAUCCUUAACUAUCUUAGAGAUGGAGCAGUGCCACUCCCUGACAGCCGACGGGAAACUGAGGAACUGCUUGCUGAGGCCAAGUAUUACCUUGUCCAAGGCCUAGCUGAUGAAUGUACAGCUGCCUUGCAGAACAAAGAAACAUAUGAGCCCCUCUGUAAAGUGCCUCUGAUGACAUCAUCUAAGGAAGAGCAGAAGCUCAUUGCAACAUCUAAUAAGCCUACUGUCAAACUGCUGUAUAACAGAAGCAACAACAAAUAUUCAUAUACCAGCAAUUCUGACGACAACAUGCUGAAAAAUAUUGAGCUGUUUGACAAGCUGUCAUUGCGAUUCAACGGUCGGGUCCUUUUCAUCAAAGAUGUGAUUGGGGAUGAGAUCUGUUGUUGGUCAUUUUAUGGCCAGGGACGCAAAAUUGCUGAAGUGUGCUGCACCUCCAUUGUUUACGCCACAGAAAAGAAGCAGACAAAGGUUGAGUUCCCAGAGGCACGCAUCUAUGAAGAAACCCUCAACAUUCUCCUGUAUGAGUCCCAUGAUGGGAGGGGUCCAGACAACGCCCUGCUGGAGGCCACAGGAGGGGCUGCAGGACGAUCUAAUCACCUGGAUGAGGACGAGGAGCGAGAACGAAUUGAGCGAGUUCGUAGGAUUCAUAUCAAACGACCCGAUGACCGCACACACCACCACCAGUGACCUUCCUCUCUCAACCCGUCAGCCUGUGUCCCUGACCCUGGACAGUCUUUGCACCACGCCUGUGCCUUACAACACCCAGCGCCUCUCUCUCUCUCUCUCUCUCUCUCUCUCUCUCUCUCUCUCUCUCUCUCUCUCUCUCUCUCUCUCUCUCUCUCUCUCUCUCUCUCUCUCUCUUCCUCUCUUCCUCUCUUUCACUCUUAUUUUUACCAGCUUUAUCUAGGAGACUACACUGAGUUGACUGUGUAGUGGUGAAGUGAUUUUGUGUGUGUUUGUGUAUCCUCUUGCCAUCUUUGUUGUUGUGUGGUCUGACAGGCUGUAAUGUUAGUCAUGAUAACUCCUAUCACUGUUUUCUGCUAGUGUGCAGAAGCCCACGGACAUGGAUGUUUGCAUUCAGCACUGCAGGUGACCCAUAGUUUCACCUGAGUGUAUGAGAAGAAAACUAAAAUAAUAUUGUCAGUAUACAUUUGUUAAUUGAGGUCCUACCUAGAUUACAUCCAGGAGAACAAGAAUUAUAUCAUGUAAGCAGCUAUUUUCGCUUCUCUUUAUCCAGGUCCUGACGGGUCCACUGCAAGGUAGUCAGUGGAUGAACUAGGUGUUGUACAAAAUAGGGCCACAUGGUGGCACUGUUUCACUCUUAGAAGAUGCUAUCAAGGCCAUUUUCUAGCCUGCAGAUAAUAACAAUUACACCUUUUUAAAAUUUAAUAAUUUUUGAUACGGUUAAGAUAUCGCAGGUGGAUGCAACAUUUCACUGUAGUGCUUCUGCCAUAUUUAGUUUUAACAUUAUGCAUUUCCCUUCACUCCACUAAAUGAUUAUUAUUUUCAGUGGAGGGAAUUUGAGCUGUGACCUGAGGUGUUAAAUGUACUGGGGUGAUUGAAUGAUGGAUGCUGAGGUUGAAGUGAAUGACUGUAAUGAGAGAUCUCCCUGGCAGGAAGGGAAUCCUGUCUACAAGCUUUUAACAGGGAGAGAAAUUAGACCUGUCCUUCAUCACCACAUUCAUCAGAGAAUGUACUGUUUGCACACAAUAGGUUCAAGUUGAAAUAUGUCUAACAAUCGCAGUACUUGUAGGUUUGUUGUACAGAAGUGAACAUAUAUGUAUGUUUUAUAUUUAUACCUACUUUAUCACAAUUAAAUUUCUACAAACAAA